CCCCGGUGCCAGUCGGUGCUUGGCUCUCACUCGACCCCCACCUGCAGAGGCCGAGACUCCUUGCCCGGGUUCCUUCCUGAGUCCGCCAUGCGUCUCGUGGUCUGCCUGGUCUUCCUGGUCUCCUUCGCCCUGGUCUGCCAAGGCCAAGGAUACAAGGGCGGUUACACAGGUUCAUACUCCAGACCACCCUAUGGAUCCCGACCUAUUAGUACUCGACCAAUCAGUCGUCCAGCCACUGGUUGCACUUCAUGCCAUACUAUUACCUUCGAUAAAGCUAUUGCUUGCUGCAGACAGUUCGGACGUUGUUGUUCUGCAUUGAAAGGAUAAACUGGUUGAUGGAGAAGACAAUGAAAACCUGGCUUUACAACGUAUUAACUGAUACGUGAAGAGACUGCAACCCUGAUUUUGAACUGUAUUUUCCCGUUCCAUUUUCUUACUUUUGCUUGUGGAAAGGAUGUAGGUAUUUGGUCUAUGCUUUGCAAGGAUGCACUAAAGAUUUUUCCAUGAAUGAAUGAUGAAUGAAAGUGCAUGUGGUAUGUAUGUGCAUACAGUUGUAUUUGCCGAGCAAGUCCUUGUCACUUGUCUUUCACUUUAACUAUCUGUAAUUAUGGAUCUGUGUGUGGCUGGUGUUUGCAUACCUCUCAGAUUGCAUUUGGAAUAGGGCUACUCUAUUGCAAAUAAAAUUGAUAUCUGUGUA